CAAAUACCCGGGACGCCUUUUUUUCCAUGUGUCUACCCAGGCGUCAAGAGACACCCUGCUAAAGACACACAUACACGAAAGACCUUUCAAUUCCGGAGGGAUUGCCACGAGACAGCUAGACCAGAGAGCAAUGUAUGAUUUAUCAUGGCACCAACCAAUUCCCUGCAGAUGUUGAGGCUUACCCAACUGUAGCAAAAGUCUCCAAAUGUGAAGUAUUAACGGAAAAUGACAUAUGACAAUCCUUCUCAAGGCUAUAGUUAACCAUACGCACAGCACAGCGAACCACGGGACGUACUUAGUCAUGCAGGAGAAUGUCUAAGGGAGGUUUACUGAUACACGCGGUCGGGUGAGAAUCUAACGAACUUCUCCGCGUGGAGUAUUUCUUUUACAAAGAGCCAAUGCUGGAACCGUGAAUACAUUAUUGGAUUUCAUUUAUGGAUGAAUUUGUCAUGUGUCUUAGCGCUAAAAAUGCAUCCUACUUUGUCAUUUAGACAGCAUCUAGGGAGAGAAGCUGCUAUUAAAGGUGCUAUUUCUGGAGGCUCUUCAUAAUUCAGAAGACAUAUAAGCAUAAACUUUUCCGAUACUUAAACAUUACUGACAAAGGAUUGGAUAUCAGUGUUACAACAUCUGUGUAUGAGACUCACAUAUGGACACAAUACCAGAGAUGGCUUCAGGGAUCUGGUCCAACAAAUCAUCACCGAGUAUGGAAGUGAAUGCUACCCUUGAAGCGGACUCCGGCGACUGGAAAACCGUUGAUUCUAUAGCAUUCCAUAUGGAAACAUACUACUUGUGGGUUAUACUUGCUUUAGGAUUUCCAGGCAACUGUUCAACCGUCAUCACCAUCAUCAAAAUGUCUCCAGCACGGUCCCUCACCGUCUACAUCGCCCUUCUCGCCAUCGUCGACAACCUCGCCAUCGUUAACAAGCUUCUGAUGUUCGUGCUCUCAGACAACGGAGUUCCGAUUGGACAGUUUGGAUGCAAGUUUCUUGCUUUUUGUGGCAACUUUCUCAUCACCUUUGCAAACUGGCUCCUCGUUGCAAUGUCAGUGGAAAGAUUUGUUGCAGUAUGGUACCCAUUCAAAAUCGGUCAAAUCUGGACCUUCAAAAAAUCGCUUGUUGUCGUCAUCGGAAUAACAAUACCUCUCCUGGGUCUCUUCCUUCAUUUGUUCUGGACAGUGCAUUACGUGAACAUGAAAACCUAUAUCCUCUGCAUCGCCCAUGAAGAUCACCUGGACUUCGUUGUGAACGCAUGGUUCUGGAUUAACAUCACCGUGUAUGCUCUUCUUCCCUGCCUUCUUCUUCUGAUUUUUAAUUCUUUGAUCAUCUCCGGGAUAGUGAAAUCAAGUAAGGUGCAUAUAUAUUUAAACAGAACUGGCUCAGUGAAAAAUGGAGCCGUUGUGUCCAAUGAACGUCAGCGUCAAAUAACAAUGAUGCUUGUUUUGUCAGCUAUAGCCUUGGUGAUACUCACAUUCCCACGAUGCGUUAUGCUGUUAUUGUCUCCGUACCUGAACUAUCCCACAAACUCUAUGAGUGGGGCUGUCAUUUAUCUCAUCGACACAAUUGCCUAUGUUCUCUGUGACUCAACCCAUGCCAUGAACUUCUACCUUUACUCGUUCAGCGCCAGGAGGUUCAGGAGACAAUUCAUUGACCUGGUGUUAUGCCGGAAGCGGAAGAUGGCGCCGGCAAGCACCCAGUACAUCACGUUGUCGUCUCGACCGUCAAUGCGAUUCAAUAUGGCAAUGUUCAGAGAGUCUGUGAACAAGCCUCCUGUUCGGCAAACAACCAGUAAUGACAUGUGACCAUUUUGAUUGUCAUCUGGCACAGAUUACUUUGAAUAGUGGGAGACAAACCUCUGUACUCCACGCAACCUUCUCUACCGUCAGGGGGAUUCAUUGCUUCUAUAUCAGUUGACCAAUUCAGACAUGAAAUGAAAGUGCUUGUUGGUGGAAGAAGUACAAUAACCAUUAUCAUGAUCGAUCACCAUAAUUUUGUAUUUCGUGAUGUAUAAUUCAUGUUUAGUUUAGGGAUCCCCCGUCGGGAUUCCGGGUUAGAAUUAGUCCCCUGCAGCGUGCCCUCACCGUCUAUUUGGGUCUGGUGCUUAGUCACACUGACUUGGUUAACAUCAUGUCGUUUUACCCCGAAGGCGUGGCUUGUUCCUCGUCAAUCACUGCGUGUCUGGUACCGUUUGUUUGUUUGUUUGUUUGUUUGUUGUUUAACGCCGCACUCAGCAAUUUCCAGCUAUAUGACGGCGGUCCGU